UGUUAGGAACAGACUUAGGAGAAAUGCAAGGGCAAUCUUAUCAGACUUUGAGAUUAAAAACAUCAGGGCAGGCAAGUGGUACAUCUUGGCAGCUGCUGGAAGAUGAAAUUGAGUGAGAGAAAUAGAGGAAUCCAUGCCAUUUAUAAGCACCAUGUGGUGAAAAAUGAGUGGGCGAGCUUCAGAAAAAGAGAGGGACAGCUCAGAGUGUAGGGAAAACACACCCAGCCUUUGGUCGGUAUCUGAAGAACAAGAGAUAGAAAGGAAGUUUUGGAAGAGUCAUGAUUUUCUGAGUCAGGACUCAGAAGAGGAGCUUCGAGAAAAAUAUGGAGAUGUGUUCACAGUGCACCUGGGACCGAGGCCCGUGGUCAUGCUGUAUGGCACAGAGGCCAUAAGGGAGGCGCUGGUGGACCAAGCUGAGGCUUUCUCUGGCCGGGGGACAAUUGCUGUGGUUAGACCAGUCUUCAAGGACUAUGGUGUGAUCUUUGCCAAUGGGGAACGCUGGAAGACCCUUAGGCGAUUCUCUCUGGCCACUAUGAGAGACUUUGGGAUGGGAAAGCGGAGUGUGGAGGAGCGGAUUCAGGAGGAGGCCCAAUGCCUGGUUGAGGAGCUUAGGAAAUACCAGGGAGCACCCGUGGACCCUACCUUCCUCUUCCAGUGCAUCACAGCUAACAUCAUCUGCUCCAUUGUCUUUGGAGAGCGCUUUGACUACAAAGACCGCCAGUUCCUGCGCCUGCUGGACCUGUUCUAUAGGUCCUUCUCUCUCUUCAGCUCAUUCUCCAGCCAGGUGUUUGAGCUCUUCUCUGGUUUCCUGAAGUACUUUCCUGGAGCCCACAGACAAAUCUCCAGAAACCUGCAGGAAAUCCUUGACUUCAUUGGCCAGAGUGUGGAGAACCACCGGGCAACCUUGGACCCCAGCAAUCCAAGAGACUUCAUCGAUACCUACCUUCUACGCAUGGAGAAGGAGAAGUCCAACCAACACACGGAGUUCCAUCACCAGAACCUCAUUAUCUCCGUGCUGUCUCUCUUCUUUGCUGGCACUGAGACCAGCAGCACCACGCUCCGCUAUGGCUUCCUGCUCAUGCUCAAAUACCCCCAUGUUGCAGAGAAAGUGCAAAAGGAGAUCGAUCAGGUAAUUGGCUCACACCGACUCCCAACCCUUGACGACCGCACCAAAAUGCCUUACACUGAGGCUGUCAUCCACGAGAUUCAGAGAUUUUCAGAUCUCAUCCCCAUUGGUGUCCCGCACAAAGUCACCAAAGACACUUUGUUCCGAGGGUACCUGCUCCCCAAGAACACUGAAGUGUACCCCAUCCUGAGUUCAGCUCUCCAUGACCCACAGUACUUUGAACAACCAGACACCUUCAACCCUGACCACUUCCUGGAUGCCAAUGGGGCUCUGAAGAAAAAUGAAGCUUUUAUGCCCUUCUCUAUAGGAAAGCGCAUUUGUCUUGGCGAAGGCAUUGCCCGCAACGAAUUGUUCCUUUUCUUCACCACCAUCCUCCAGAACUUAUCCGUGUCCAGUCCCAUGGCUCCUAAGGACAUUGACCUCAAUCCCAAGGAGAGUGGCUUCGGCAAAGUGCCUCCAACAUACCAGGUCUGCUUCUUGGCCCGUUGACUGGGCUGUGGUGGCCAGGUCUCCCCAUUCCUGUUGAGAAUGGCCCCAUCUUUCUGCCUCUGAGAGACCUGCUGGAAUCCAGGCCCUGGGUCACUGCUGACUUCCUUCCUCAUUCCUGCAGCUUCUGCAAAGCUGGAGGUGUGUUCUUCUGCUCUGUGAAUGGCACUGGAGAAAUCAAUCAGGUGCCUUUAUUGAUGUGUGAACAGAGAGAUUUCAGGAGGCCACAUCUCAUACUGAAUCACUCCCAACAGCCACAGUCCCCAUGUAUCAGCUCCCUGUGAUCCAUGAUCUAUGCUGAUAGACUCUGUAUGUGAUCUGAAUUCUGUGUCUAUAGACUUGCCUAAUACGUAUAGUUCACAAAUAAACAGAAUCACAUAGUGUGUGAUCA